AUGUAAUCGAGUCAACUCCGUCCCUUGUGCGGUUGAGGACGUGUGUCAAUGUUGUGCCGCGAAAAUGGAUUUCUUCGAUGUAUUGCUGCAAUCGGGUCUGAUGACCACGGCCCUCGUCGUUUAUCUAAUAUUUAUAAGAAAACAUAGGAUCACGCGACGGAAUUAUAUUGAACCAGGUUGGAACUACCCUCUAAAAUGGCUAGUAGCGCGCUACUACGCAGUGAAAAGAUGGAGAGCAAAUCAUCGCAGCGUCCCCCUAGAUGAGCACCCUCGUUCAGACUUGAACGACGGCUGGGAUUCCAUAUCCAUAGUCGCGACCACACCAGAUGGUGCCGCCCUCUUGGUGGGCGUCAGGAAGCUGUGUGGCCAGCAGUCGAUGGCUGAAGUCACCGUGUAUAUCAAACUGGCUGACGGAACCAACUAUGCUUUGGCUCGUCACCCAGAUACCGCAGUGGGAGCUUGGGAGGACACCGCAGAGGGCUGGACGGCCGAAGGUCUGAAAAUACAAGUGGUGAUACCCGAGCUCUGCUUGCGGGUCAUCUACAACGGCAUCCUGACCAGGCUCUCCGACGGGGUCAAACAGCACGUCAAAUUUAAUUUUAUUUGGACAUCAGGGUCCGAUGUGUCGCGUUAUCCCGAAGACUGGAGCGACCAGCUCGCCGCCCACACCCUGGCUUUGGAGCAGUGGAGAGAUGACGAAUGGCCAAAUAUAUUAGGCAAAUGGGAGGACGGAGGUUGGCUUCAAUUCGGUGUAGCCCAAGGGCGAUUCCAAUCUUUCGACGAGCAAGGUGCCGUGGAUAAGACCGAGUACCUGCGAUAUAGGGGCAUUAGGGAAAGACGCUGGGCCCCGCAUGGGUACCAGGGUCUACGGCGUUCUGUGUCUUUGUUGGUGGUUGCCAAGGACGGGACUGCUGUUCAGAUCCGUGGCAUGUCGUAUAACAAUGUCCUUACAGAGAAUAUAUCCGGGUGCGUGCGACAUCCUGAUGGAGAUGUAUGCAGUAUUACUAGUACAGAUUUUUCCAUGCAACAUUUCUGCGAGACUCCUGAUGAGAUCCCGAAGGUUUUCACUUUCAACGUUGAAACAAAAAGUCGCGAGUUCCGUCUCGUAUUUUCCAUCAACGCAGACGGUGGACAGCUAGUGAGCGGGUUACCUUACCAGCAGCGCUGCGAACACCGCAGCGCGGCGGGCGUCGUCAACGGGGACCCGGCCACUGGCGUGCUGGUGCUGGGAUAUGAGGCGGCGGAGUCGCGUCAGCCGCUGUCCCCGCUGGCGCCCGCGCCGGCGCUGCAGUGGGCGGGGGCGGGGGCGGGGUCGGGGGCGGGGGCGGGGGCGGGGGCGGAGGGCGACGCGCCGCACUGCCUCUGGUUCGGGGACAGGGCUGCGGCGUGCGUGGAGUACACGGGGGGCAAGGGCGCUUCGCUGGCGUUGCUGGCUUCCGUGCAAGAUGAAGAGGGUUACAAAGUACCCCCAGGGUUCUGCGUGACGACCCGCGCCCUGGAGGAACAUCUGGAGACGAACCCAGCGCUGACGAGUGCUAUCAAACAGAUCGAGGCCGCCAAUGACAACUACGAGGAAAGCAACUUCAAGGACAAAUGUAACAAGGCGAUACAGUUAUUCGUCACCACCGAGAUCACAGGAGCUGUGAAGGACGACAUAUUGAAAUAUCUGGCUGAACUGCGGCUCCAGGCCAAAGACAAAGGAUUGGAACAACGAUUCGCUGUGAGGUCUUCAGCUAUUGGCGAAGACAGCGAAACUUUAUCCGCGGCCGGGCAGAAUGAGACCAUAUUGGGCUGUGUGAGCGAUGACGAUGUACUGAGAGGCGUCCAGAAAUGUUGGGGCUCCAUGUUCGCCUUCACCAGCGCUUAUUACCGCAGACAAAACGGGCAGCCAUGUAUGUGCGGCGGCGCGGUAGUGAUACAAGCGCUGGUGUCGCCGCUCGCGGCCGGCGUGCUGUUCUCCCGCCACCCGGCCGCCGGCGACCCCUCGCGGCUGCUGAUCACCGCCAACUAUGGACUCGGUGAGAGCGUGGUGUCCGGUACCGUGGAGCCUGACACUAUUAUAGUGAAGCGACAUUACGAUGGCCAGUUGAGCAUCAUGAAGAUCGAAUUGGGUUCCAAAACGGAGCGUAUCACCGCCUCAGACGGGGGAGGUGUGACGUCACAACCAGUGCCGGAAACACAACGCAGCGUGCCGUGUCUGUCGGAGCGGGAGAUGCUGCAGCUGGCUCGGCUGGGGGUGCGGCUGGAGCUGCUGUGGGGCAAGGGCAGGGACAUCGAGUGGGCCGUGGCUAAGGAUGGCAUCUACAUGUUGCAAGCGCGGCCCAUCACGUCGCUGGAGCGGUGGACGGAGGAGGAGCUGCUACACGAAAACGAUACUCCCAUCAUGUCAGACGAGGAUCUUGUCACGUUUGCCAAUUGUGGAGAGGUGAUGCCAAAGCCGAUGUCCCCGAUGGGUUACGACGUGAUGGUGAAGCCGCUAGCAGAUUGCAUGAUGCGCGGUUUGGAACCCGGCGCGAGCGAGUACGACAAGUGGGUUGUCAUCACCCAUAACAGGGUCGCCAUGGCUUUGUAUGCUUUAUCGUACCGGCGACCGCCGAAGACAAUAGACAUUGGCGUGCGAAUGCAAGAGAUGGCGCUCCACGGGCACAAGCUGGCCGACCAACAUAUCCUGGACACGGCGCUGCACCGGCGGCCGUUCAGUCUUUACCACCGAAUGCUCUUGAUGGUGCGAGCCAUGCUGUGGCCUUUGUUGACAUCCAAAUGGCAAGUGAAAAAAGCGAUCAAAGCGGUGAAAAACAUGUCGAAUUCAUUGGAGAACAACAGUUCGUUGGAGAUCUUGAAAGGCAUCACAGACUUGCGGGAGAAUAUUCAGGAUGUGGCGGUGAGACACAUGUAUACGAGCUCUUCCAGCUCUAGCAGCCAGCUCAUCGCGAUGGCUGUCCUGCUGGAGGGUCGAGGAAUUGAUUUCACCCAAGAGCAGUGCGCCGACAUAGGGACAAUGUUGAGUUCCGGGGACGUUUUAUCCGCGGAAGUGCCUCAAGUUUUAGCAAAAAUAGCGCGUCAGAUCCACGAAACUGGCAAAAUGGAGGAAUUCCGGGCCCAAGACUCCAAGGCCGCUUUGAAAUGGUUGGAAACAACUUUGCCAGAUGUCCACAAGAAUGUUGUCAAGUUUUUGGACGAACACGGCUAUAGGGCUAUCAUGGAGUUUGAUGUAGCGACAAAGCCUUGGGUGUUAGUACCGGAAGAGCUCAUGAAAGUACUGGCCAGCAUGAGACCCACAGAGGAAGUGAAGAGUACGGUCAAGACAGACGCUGAAGUUAUAGCUUCUUUGAAAUCGCCACAAAAGGGCAGCACUAGGAAAAUUUUGCGAUGGUUGCUGCCAGUAUGUCGUCACAUGGUCCGCAACAGAGAAGCCACGAAGGCCCAACUGAUCCUGGGCAUCCACAAGGUCAGGCUGAUGGUGAUAGCGCUGGGCCAGCAGCUGGUCAGGGAGUGGUACUUGCCCGACCCCGACCUGGUGUACUACUUCAGAGAACACGAGCUCAAGAGAUAUUAUGAGACCAGGGACGCAGCGCUUUUGAGGAAAGCAAUCCAGCGUCAACAAUAUUAUCCUAAAUGGUCCAAGUUGCGGUUCGCGGAGAACUAUACGGGGUGGCCAGAGCCUCUCCAAGUGAAGGGGCCUUCAGUGACCGCCGGAGAUGCGAGGAUUGAGGCGACUUCCGUGUACGGAGGAGAGGCCAUCGGCAGAGCUUGCGUGGUCAAGGAUCUUUCAGAGAUCCACCAGCUGCAACACGGCGACAUCCUGAUCACGCACGCGACCGACAUCGGCUGGUCUCCGUACUUCCCGCUGCUCACCGGCAUCGUCACCGAGCUGGGCGGGCUCAUAUCUCAUGGCGCAGUCAUAGCACGCGAAUACGGCUUGCCGUGUGUAGUGGGAGCGACGGGAGCCGCGGACAUGUUCCGCACUGGAGACACGGUCAGACUCAUUGGACACCAGGGUGUGCUGGAGAAGGUGUCCGUAGCUGACGAUGAAGGAAGCAAGUGAUGUGAUAUUGUUUGUUUAUCCUUGUUAUAUUGUGAGACUGAUAAAAUGACGUGUUUGAAAGUUUAGUUUCUCACUACUUUAUAUAUAUUACAACGAGAUACCUAUCACAGUUCAAAAUAUGUAAAUAAAAUCUCAGUUUAAUUUAUAUUAA